UUGCAAAUUAAAUUGGCAGAAAAAUCAGCGAAUAAUAAUUUUACUGAAUUAUAUCAGUAUCAUGAGUGCCGUGUCCAUUUAUAUGAUAGUAUGAAUGUUGGGGGGGCAAUCCGUUGCAUGUGUGAACUGCGCUUGUGGAGGAGAGCAAACUCCAUCGUCGACGGAAAGAAGAAAGAGUGAAAUUUUUGUCACUUUAGCAGACGCUACCGAAACAGAUUCGGAUUGUUCGCUUUUCGGUUAUUCGUGUUGUAUUACGGGCUUCGAGAUUAGCCGCUAAUCGGUGCACUUGCGGGGACUUAUCGGUUGGGCUAUCGGUGCGUGCCAGUGCUCUUCAUUCGCUAGAUAUUCCGAGCAGACAAGUGUAGUGUUUGUUGGCUUUUCUUCAUCCGCAUCAGGAUCAGUGCCAGUGACACACGACGGGGAUCAACCCACGAAACAUUCUACAGGAGGCCAUUUCUCACAACCUUCAAAUAAAAACGAGAGAAAACCAACACACUGAUCCGGUCGAAAGUCCAGCCGUGCAACAGCAACAACUGUAUCUUGCGGAAAUAACCAGGAAGUUCAAAUUACUUCUUCACGAUGGACACUGAUGAUGUGGAGUCGUCGAGCAGCAGUACCAUGUCCAGCCUGAACAGUCUGUUCUCGUUUACCAGCCCGGCGGUGAAGAAACUGCUCGGCUGGAAGCAAGGUGACGAGGAGGAAAAAUGGGCCGAAAAGGCCGUCGACAGUUUGGUGAAAAAGCUCAAAAAGCGGAAAGGUGCCAUCGAGGAGCUGGAACGGGCUUUGUCUUGUCCUGGGCAACCGUCCAAGUGCGUCACCAUUCCCCGCUCGCUCGACGGGCGAUUGCAGGUAUCCCACCGCAAAGGACUUCCACAUGUCAUCUACUGCCGCGUCUGGCGCUGGCCGGACCUGCAGAGCCACCAUGAGCUGAAACCGAUCGAAACGUGUCAGUAUCCGUUCAGCGCCAAGCAGAAAGAGGUCUGCAUCAACCCGUACCACUACAAACGCGUCGAAAGUCCGGUCCUCCCACCGGUGUUGGUUCCACGCCACUCGGAAUUCGCCCCCGGCCACUCGCUGCUGCCAUUCCACCAGAUGAACGAACCCAACAUGCCGCACAACGUGAGCUACACGAACUCCGGCUUCAACAAUUCGCACAUGGGCGGAGGCGGACCCAAUUCGCCCAUUUCCUCGCACAUGGGCCCGAACAGUCCCAUCUCCUCGGUGUCCAGUCCGGGACCGAUCAAUUCUAAUCCUCAGAGCCCGUACGGUUCGCUACCUGAAACGCCUCCUCCGGCAUACAGCCCCCCGGAAGAUGGGAACAAUGUCAGCAGUCAGGACAACAACCAGAUGGAUACUAAUCAAAUGCACGGUGGAGAAGAUCCAGUCCACUUCCAAGAACCUCCUUAUUGGGCUAGUAUAGCAUACUACGAGCUCAAUUGCCGAGUCGGCGAGGUAUUCCACUGCAAUACAACCUCCGUCAUGGUGGAUGGAUUCACAAAUCCUUCCAACAACUCCGAACGCUUCUGCCUCGGUCAGCUGAGCAAUGUCAACCGCAACAGUACAAUCGAAAACACACGUCGUCAUAUCGGAAAGGGGGUGCAUCUGUACUACGUCGGCGGUGAAGUGUACGCGGAGUGCCUCUCGGAUUCGGCCAUCUUCGUGCAGAGCCGCAACUGCAACCACUCGCACGGCUUCCACCCGAGCACGGUGUGCAAAAUCCCGCCCGGCUGUUCGCUGAAGAUCUUCAACAAUCGGGAGUUCGCCCAGCUGCUGUCCCAGUACGUGAAUCACGGGUUCGAGGCGGUGUACGAGCUGACCAAGAUGUGCACGAUACGAAUGAGUUUCGUGAAGGGCUGGGGAGCCGAGUACCACCGACAGGACGUCACGUCCACACCCUGCUGGAUCGAAAUUCAUCUGCACGGACCGCUGCAGUGGCUGGACAAGGUCCUGAUCCAGAUGGGGUCCCCGCACAAUGCAAUCAGCUCGGUGUCGUAAGGUGGGCGAGAUCCUGCGUGGGUAUGAAUGAGAGUUUUAGCGAUGAUGGAGAAAGGAAAAUAUAAAGCAAGGGUGGUUUGUGCAAGAUGAAUAUGCGUGCGAUUGUUUCCAAGACAAGUUUGGUUCUUAAUUUGAACACUCAGACCAUGUACAGUUGGGUUUUCGGUACCGGGCUCUUUCUUUGAGUUUCGAUACUAAAUAUAGCUUAACAAUCUUAAUAUGUUUAGUUUACAUAUUAUUCCCGUACUAUAAAACUCACUGAAAUUGCAGACAUGUAUACAAAAUAACUUGAAUGUGAAAAUUAUUAUUUUUUUCUGAGAAGGGCUCUGAAGGUUUCUGAAAAAGAAAACAGUAGAUAGAUGUUUUAUAAUAGUAAAAAAGAUUUUUGAGAUUGUUGCUGAAGAACACUUAAAUAUGUAGCUUCAAAGGUUUUCUACAUUUAUUUGUUUUGGCAAUUCAAUCAGCAGAUUCGUUUCGAAACUGUAUGAUUUAAACUAGAGAUAAUCCAUCUGUUGUGCAAAGCGAUCCGUAAACUUUUUAAACCAACAACCAUGCAAAGACAGCAUAAACGGUACCACAACCCUAUUGUACAUAGAGUUUCUUUGGCAGUGGUUAGUUUUAAGCAAUAGUAAUAGUGUAGUGACAAUGAUUUUAGUAAUUGAUUUCAUAUUUUACGAUUUGCAGACGAACCAGUGAUUUGCUAUUGGUAGGCACGUAGUUGCAUGUGUGUAAAAAUGACGAAAAGUUUAGAAAAACAUGAAACAACCUAUUUUUUGGACAACGUGUGCAAAGCAAAAAAAAAACAAAUCUUCCCAACUUUGAUAAAAGUAUUUUUCCAGAAGUGCAAUUUUUCCAAACAUUCAAAAUAGUUUGCCAUUAUUAUUUUGUUGCAAUUUAUAGGGUUUCAACCCAGCCAAUGUAAUCAAAAUUUAUGAUUUUAAUGUUAAGCAAAUAGUGUAGUAGGUUUUAAUACAAGUGCUUCUUAUAAAACGGA